AGAAAUUGUAGCUUACUUUUAAACACUGUCACAGUGUCAAGCAACUUAAUACCUGUGCCCUGUGGACAGCAAUACUCUAUUUAGCAUCCUUCAACUUAAAACAAAAUUCUUACAUGUAUUUAAAAUAUUUAAAGAUACAUGCACAUGUCCUAAAUGGAUAGCACCAUAUAAUUUUAAAUAUUGGGGACAAUUUUGUCUGAGGCUUUUUAGAUCUAAAAAAAAAAAAAAGUGGCGGGGGGUGGGGAACAACAUUUUUAGCCCAAAGAUACCACCAGAUACCACCUUGUGAUCCCAGUCACUUAUUCUCAAGGAUGGACACUAUAUUGAUCUCUAACAGCACAGGUCACUUUCCUCUUUUAUACUUUAUAUAAACAUCAUGCAGCAGGAGCCCUUUUGUACAUGGCUUUUAAAAUCCAGUAAGUUGUUUUGAGUUUUUCUGUAAUUCUGCAUGUUGUUUUGGAUUUUUUUUUAGCAUUGAAUUCUGUUGUGUGAAUAUCAGACAAUUAAUCACUCCGUGCUGAUGCACAUAUGCAUGUGUUUUAGUUGAGGGUAUUAGGAACAGGGCUGCUAUGUAAAUUCCAGAAAAUGUAUUGGUAUUGGUGAAACAUGUACAAAUUUCUGUUGGGAACAUAUGUAAUAAUCACAUUGUUGUAUUGUAUGUUUACAUCUCUUCAGCUGUAGGUGAUAUUACCAGUUUUCCAAAAUUGUACCACUUUUUACUUGUAACACUUUUCAUGCCAACAAGUAACGUGUGAAUUUCCUAGAGUACCCACAUCCUUGCCAACACAUGGUUUUUUUGUUUUUUUUGUUUUUUUUGAGACGGGGUCUCUUUCUGUCCCCCAGGCUGGAGUGCAGUGGCGCGAUCUCGGCUCACUGCAAGCUCCGCCUCCCGGGUUCAGGCCAUUCUUCUGCCUCAGCCUCCCGAGUAGCUGGGACUACAGGCGCCUGCCACCACGCCCGGCUAAUUUUUUGUAUUUUUAAUAGAGAUGGGGUUUCACCAUGUUGGCCAGGAUGGUCUCGAUCUCCUGACCUCAUGAUCCGCCCGCCUCGACCUCCCAAAGUGCUGGGAUUACAGGCAUGAGCCACCGCGCCUGGCCCAACACGUGGUAUUUUCCGUCAUUUUCAUUUAGUCUUCUGGUUGCUGUGUGAUGGUCUCAGGCUUUAUUUACAUUUCUCCAAUUACUAACAGACUUGAACAUUUCAGCACACUUUUUAGUUAUUGAAUAACCUCUAUUUUGAAGACUUACUUUGCUCAUCUCCCACUAUUUUAGGGGACUUUUUCUUCUUGAUUUAUGGUGGUUCUUUACAUGAAGCUGCAUAAGAUUCCUUUCUUUGGUAUCCCUCUCACUCAGUCUCUCUCUUUCUGUAUUUUAAUAAGCUCUUAAUUUUAAUAAAAUUUUGUUAUUUUUCCCAGUAUAUUAAAUAUUUUUUGUUUUAUUUAAGAAAUAUUUCUCUUAUUCUAAGGCCACAGAGAUUUUGUUUUUUAAAUGAGGAUGUAUAUUUAAAAUUUUAUUUUGCAAUUCAUUCAGAAUUGAGUGUUUUUGUGGCUAGGAAUUCCAUUUUUUCCAGUAAGCUAACAAAAUAUAAUUUAUUCUGUAUUUUGACAAGUUCUUAAUUUUAAUAGAAUUUUAUCUGUUCUUUCCCCAGCAUAUUAAAUGUUUUUUGUUUUAUUUAAGAAAACUUUCUCUAUUUUAAGGCCACAGAGAUGCUGUUUUUGUUUUUUUCAUCAGGAUGUAUAUUUAAAAUUUGAUUUUGCAGUUUAUUCAGAAUUGAGAUUUUUUUGUGGCUAGUAAUUUUAUUUUUUUCCAGUAAGCUAACAAAAUAUAAUGAAUUCUUUUUCAUUUGCUGUCACCUGUCAUUGUCUCACCCAAGUUAAUAUCAUCUCACUCUCAGAGCUGACUUUUCUGUGAAGACUGUAUAAUUCUGUUCCUUUCUUCAUCUUUCAGUUUUCAGCAGCCCCACAGCACCAAAGAGUCAAUGGUAGUUUUGGUCAGAAAUCUUCAGUGGGCCUUUUUUGCUCAAUGGAUAAGUUAUUUUCAUAUUUUAUUUAUUUGUAUGUUUAAUUUUAAAAUAUUAGUUGACAGAUAAUAUUGGAUAUAUUCAAUAUAUCUCCAAAUACACAUUGUGUGGUAAUUGUUACAAAAUCAAUAUCUGCCGUGACUUAAAAGUUUGUCCUCCACCUAAAUUCAUGUUGAAACUUUAAACUCCAAAACAAUAGUAUUAAGAGGUGGGGGCCUUUAGGAGGUGGUGAGGUCAUAAAGGCUGUGCCCUCAUCAUUGAGAUUAAUGACUUCAUAAAAGGACUUGAGGGAGUGAGUUCUGCCCUUUCUGCCCUUCUGCUGUCUGUGAACAUAACAUUCAGGAUGUCAUCUUGAAAGCAGAGACCAAGGUCUUCACCAGAGACAAUCUGCCAAUGGCUUGAUUUUGCAUUUCCCAGCCUAUAUAACUGUAAGCAAUGAGUUUAUGUCACGUAUAAACUACCUAGUCAGGUAUUUUGUUAAAGCAGCAGGAAGGGACUGAGACAACAUCUACUGCCACCCGUGCUGUACAUUAGAUUGCCAGAACUUAUUCAUCUUAUAACUGAAAGUUUGUACCUUUUGAGCAAUGUCUCCCCAUUUCCCCUACCUUCCGGCCCCUGGAAACCACUAUGUAGUCUGUUUCUACGAGUUCAAUGUUUUUAAGCUCCAUCUAUAAGUAAGAUCAUAUAACAUUUGUCUUUCUGUGUCUGACUUAUUUUACUUAAUAUUCUCCAGCUUCAUAUUUUCACAAAUGACAAGACUUUAUUCUUUUUUAUGGCUGAAUAAUAUUUCAUUGCAUGUGUGUGUGUAUCACAAUUUCUUUAUCCAUUCAUCUAUUAAUGGGCAUUUAGGUUGUUUCCAUGUCUGGCUAUUGUGGAAGCUGCUGCUAUAAAUCUGGGAUUGCAGAAGUCUCUCUGAGAUACUGAUUUUAUUCCUUUGGAUAUAAUCCCAGAAGUGGGCUUGCUGGAUAAUAUGGUAGUUCUAGUUUAAUACUGUGAUGAGCCACCUUACGGUUUUUUAUAAUGGCUGUAUCAAUAUUCUCAUAUAUGUAAGGGAAUAUUGCUCCCUUUUGGAAGACAAUUCUUCAUGGAUCUCUCACUUCAUUUUCCCACAUCUUGUAUAAGCGUUUCUUCUGGGUGUCUUUUUCAGGAUUUUUUUAAAUGAAAGAAACAGACUUGAAGGAUGUGUCUCUUCAGGUCAAAGGCCAAAUAAAUAACUGGACAAUUUAAUAAAGAUUAUGCCUUUCUCUGAGGCAGUGGUCGGACGGUUUUCUUUGAAACACGUGUUAAAGCACUGGGAUUUCUUAACCUUGAGAUUCCUCAGCUGUGAUCAAAAUCUGCUGAGCAGAAAGCAUCCAGUUGGGUCUCUUUGAUCAUCCCUGUCACUUGGAGUGGACGUGGGGAACAAAUGCAGAUAUGGAGCUCUUGCUUUCGUUUGUGUGAUGAAUAGUCAAAUAUUUUUCAUCAGGCCCAGGAAUCUCAUGCCUUCCUCUAAUAUCCAUGAAGUUGACAGUCUUAAUUUUUUGGCUUGCAAAUAGAAAAAAAUCCAAGAAUGUUCACAUUUUUGACAGCUUGGGUGAUGAUGGGAUUGAUUCUGAGAAAUCUGUAACCUUAUAACCUUGUAUAAGAGGAAAGUAGAAAGAUUCUUCACAGACCUGGCCAGGGCUUAUGAGAAGGUUUCCUGGAACAAGUAGCAAAUUCUGUCACCCAAAUGAGAGUUGAGCAAGAGUAAGAUCCCUCCACUCUCCAACCUGUUAGCCAGGCUGUCAUGCGACAGGGAGAAUUGAAAGGAGCAGUCUAAAUGUGCCUCAUAUGUUCAUUCUCCUAGCCAAAGUAGGAAAGAAUGAGGAGUCCCCAAAGCUGAUAGAGCACUUUGGAUAAGUAGAAAAUAUUGUAAGUUCUUGUGGUUUUGCUGAAAGCAGUCAACAGGCUGCUAGAAACUAAAAGGAAAUGUGGGUGUUGGUGCCUUGCUUAUAAGCAGAGAGUCUCUCUCUCUGUGUACUCGCUGAUACCAGAACUCCACUGACAGGGCUUGGGCAGGGUUCACUAUGAGGGCAGAAAUGUCACAGAACAAUGGAGAUGGGGCCUUUGGGGAUAACUCAAUGUUCUCUUGUGUUUCUACACCAAAAUUUACAGCUAGAAUUGUGUUACAUGUGUUUGUGCUUCCCUGUCUCCUAAGUGCCAAAGGGGAUUACUCCAGUCUGGGUGAGAGACAGAAGAGUGUGAGAGAGUCAGACUUCUCCAUUUGCCACGGAGGGCAGGACUCGGUGGCUUUUGAGGAUGUGGCUGUGAACUUUACCCAGGAGGAAUGGGCUUUGCUAGAUUCUUCUCAGAAGAAUCUCUACAGAGAAGUGAUGCAGGAAACCUGCAGGAACCUGGCUUCUGUAGGAAGCAAAUGGAAAGACCAGAAUAUUGAAGAUCACUUCGAAAAACCUGGGAAAGAUAUAAGAAAUCAUAUGGUACAGAGACUGUGUGAAAGCAAAGAAGGUGGUCAGUAUGGAGAAGUUGUCAGCCAAAUUCCAAAUCUUGAUCUGAACGAGAACAUUUCUACUGGACUAAAACAAUGUGAAUGCAGUAUUUGUGGAAAAGUCUUUGUACGUCAUUCCCUCCUUAAUAGGCACAUCCUAGCUCACUCAGGAUACAAACCAUAUGGAGAGAAGCAAUAUAAAUGUGAACAGUGUGGGAAAUUCUUCGUUUCUGUUCCAGGUGUUAGAAGACACAUGAUAAUGCACAGUGGAAAUCCAGCUUAUAAAUGUACGAUAUGUGGGAAAGCUUUUUAUUUUCUCAAUUCAGUUGAAAGACAUCAGAGAACUCACACAGGAGAAAAACCCUAUAAAUGUAAACAGUGUGGUAAAGCGUUCACUGUUCCCGGUUCUUGUCUAAUACAUGAACGAACUCACACUGGAGAGAAACCCUACGAAUGUAAGGAAUGUGGGAAAACAUUCAGAUUUUCUUGUUCUUUUAAGACGCAUGAAAGGACUCACACUGGAGAAAGACCCUAUAAAUGUACCAAAUGUGAUAAAGCCUUCAGCUGUUCCACUUCCCUUCGUUACCAUGGAAGCAUUCAUACUGGAGAGAGACCCUAUGAGUGUAAACAAUGUGGCAAAGCCUUUAGUCGUUUGAGUUCCCUUUGUAACCAUAGAAGUACUCAUACCGGAGAGAAACCCUAUGAAUGUAAACAGUGUGAUCAAGCCUUCAGUCGCCUCAGUUCCCUUCACCUCCACGAAAGAAUUCAUACUGGAGAAAAACCCUAUGAAUGUAAGAAAUGCGGUAAAGCCUACACUCGUUCCAGUCACCUUACUCGCCAUGAAAGAAGUCAUGAUAUAGAGGCUGGGUCUAGUGACUCAGCCUAUAAUCCCAGCACUUUGGGAGGCCAAGGUGUGUGGAUUGCUUGAGCCCAGGAGUUCAUAACCAGCCUGGAUUAAAACAAUGUGAAACAACCUGGGCAACAUGGUGAAACCCUGUCUUUACAAAAAAUAAAAUAAUGCCGGGCACGGUGGCUCACGCCUGUAAUCCCAGCACUUUGGGAGGCCGAGGCGGACGGAUCACGAGGUCAGGAGAUUGAGACCAUCCUGGCCAACACGGUGAAACCCCGUCUCUACUAAAAAUACAAAAAAUUAUCUGGGCAUGCCGGCAGGCGCCUGUGGUCCCAGCUACUCGGGAGGCUGAGGCAGGAGAAUGGCAUGAACCCGGGAGGCGGAACUUGCAGUGAGCCGAGAUCGCACCACUGCACUUCAGCCUGGGUGAUAGAGUGAGACUCCAUCUCAAAAAAUAAGAUAAAAUUUAAAAAAAUAAUUAGCUGGGCAUGGUGGCACAUUUCAGUUGUCUUAGUUGUUUUUCAAGGACGUAAAAAGCUGUGCGCAGCAGUCAGGGAAGCCCUGUGCAUGCGGAUCAUCAGGUCGGGAGAUUGAGACCAUCCUGGCCAAUGUGGUGAAACCUCGUCUCUACCAAAAACACAAAAAUUAGCUGGGUGUGGCAGCAUAUGCUUGUAAUCCCAGCUACUCAGGAGGCUGAGGCAGGAGAAUCGUUUGAACCAGGGAGUUGGAGGUUGCAGUUAGCUGAGAUGGUGCCACUGCACUCCAGCCUGGUGACAGAGUGAGACUCUAUCUCAAAAAAGCCCUAUGCGGCUGGGCGUGGUGGCUCACGCCUGUAAUCCCAGCACUUUGGGAGGCCGAGGUGGGUGGAUCACAAGGUCGAGAGAUCGAGACCAUCCUGGCCAACAUGGUGAAACCCUGUCUCUACUAAAAAUACAAAAAUUAGCUGGGCAUGGUGGCGGGUGUCUGUAGUCCCAGCUACUCAGGAGGCUGAGGCAGGAGAAUCACUUGAACCUAGGAGGCAGAGGUUGCAGUGAGCUGAAAUUGUGCUACUGCACUCCAGCCUGGCAACAGAGUGAGACUCCGUCUCAAAAAAAAAGGCCUUACGCAUGUAAGAAAUGUGAUAAAGCAUUUACUCUUUCCCAUUCCCUCAUAAACAUGAAAGAGCUCAUACUUCAGAAAACCUUAAGAAUGUAGGAAAUGUGGUCAAGCUUUCAGAUUUUCCUAUUUCGAAGAUUUGGGAGGACUCAGAGUGGAGAAGAGCCUUUUGAAUUUAAAUUUGUGUUAAGGCCUUCAGUUGUUUUAGUUCCAUUUGAAGACAUCAACUCAUUCCUGAGGAAAAACCCUAUGAAUGUCCAGAAUGUGGGAAUGUUUCAUUUCUCUCAUAUCCACUCAGGGACAUAUGAAAAUGCACACUGCAGCUGGACCUUGUAAAUACAAGAAUGUACACGGGAUUAAAACUAAUAUUUAGAAACUGCAAGAAUAUUUUCAGUUUUAACAUUUAUUUGAAAAGUCAUGUGAAAACUCCCACUGGAAAGAAGUUCUAUAAAUGAAGUUUUUCUAAUUUGGAAAGCCUGAUGCAAAUUAUCGUGCGGUGCUUGAAAAAAAUGUACGUGUAUGAAAUGUUACACAAAUUACAAGUAUAUUGUUUUUAUCAGUGGCUCAUUCUUAAAGAGUCUUGAGUAUGCAUUUCACCUUAUUUUGCAGGAAAACCUUGAGGUGAGAGUUCCGUAAAUGCUUUUUAAGCAGUACUUGAAUUUCAUAGUAAUGAUAUUUUCUUCAGUUUGUUGGUAGAAUUUUUGUCUAUUCAUUUGAUAAUGUGUUGGAUUCAUGGUUGAAUUUUGAUGUUUUUCUAAUAUGUAGGUAAGUUUAAUUUUUUUAUUUUAUUAUUUUUUUUUUGAGACGGAGUCUCACUCUGUUGCCCAGGCUGGAGUGCCGUGGUGCGGUCUUGGCUCACUGCAACCUCCGCCUCCUGGGUUUAAGCAAUUCUCCUGCCUCAGCCUCCCGAGUAGCUGGGAUUACAGGUGCCCACCACUACAUCCAGCUAAUUUUUUGUAUUUUUAGUAGAGAGAGGGUUUUACCAUGUUGGCUAGGCUAGUCUUGAACUCCUGACCUCAUGAUUUGCCCCCCUCAGCCUCCCAAAGUGCUGGGAUUACAGGCAUGAGCCACUGUGCCCAGUGGGGUAAGUUUAAUUUGUAUGUAUUGUUCCGUGAUUAAUGGACCAGUGAAUAAUGAUUGCUAAUUGUUGCAAUUUUCUUACUAGCCUCAUUUGGCAAAUUUUGGUUAUCCCUUGUCCAUUAUACACAUUCCACCUUUUUUUAUUAAAGGAAAAACUACUCUUGGUGUAAAGAUGUUUAUUUUUUGCUAAUAAUGAGUUGGUAUUAAUUCCUAAGUACAUAAAGUUUAUCAUAGAGUAUCAUCUCGUGAGUUCUUUGCAUUUGUUGCCCUUUAUUCUUUAUUAUUUCUGUCUGUUAUUUGGAUAGUUCACUUUGAAUGAAGGAGAGAGAACUGUGAUAGGACAAUAUGUUGUAACCAAUCUGAGGGAGGAAGCAUUCAGUCUCACAGUCACAUAUGAUAGCAUUAAAAUGAUGUAUAACAUAACCACAUUUACUUAAGAGGGUAUUCCGGUAUCAAACAGCAAAUUCCAAGAUGCAAAAACUGCAAUUGCUUUUGUACUCACCUUAUAGUAAUUUGUGUGAUUUCUUUUUUCUUUUUGUUAGGCUUGCUUGAUAGUUAUCAAUUUUGUUGAUCUUUAUGAAGAAACAGCUAUUGUUCUAUUGAGUUCUGUUGAUUUUCUAUUUUCAGUGCCAUUGACUUGUCAUCUUGUUGUUUUUAUUUCUUUUGACUGAAUUUGUUCUUUUUCUUUAGUGACCUAAAGUAGAAGAUUACAUCAUUGGGUGUAUAAUUUUGUUUGUAAUGUAUGCAUUCAACGUUGUAAAUUUCUAAGCAAGA